GAAAGAGAGGAGAGUGAGGGAUGGGAGAGAGAAAGGGAGAGUACAAGCAAAGAAAAGGAGUGAAAAACAGAUCAGUGCUGGUGUGAUCACUGGUGUGUUUGAGGAGCGCGUUCUGAGUAUUUGUCUUGAGAGUGUGUAUGAAUGUAGCAGUUUGUUACAGAGCAACCUCGAAAGACAAACAGCCUUUAUAGUAAGUUGACUGUAGGAUCACAGAAGACCAGACAAACACCUAAGGAGCUCCAAGUCUCGGAUUCACUCUCAGUAAUGCAAUGUAAUGCUAUGUUUGUGUGUCUCCAUCUCUUUGACCCUCAGCAUGGCAGGAUCAAGUCCAUUGAUCAAAUUCUUAUGGAGAACUGAACACAAUUAUGUUGUAUUUCUUGUCCUGAUCUUAUGACAUAAAAUUUCUAAAAUAAAGUGGGAGAGAGUUUGUCUCCUGUUAGAGAAAAAAGUUUUUAUGUAGGCUUUCAGCCAUUUAAAAGAAUAUCCAUAAAAGGAGGACAUUGUGGGAGGUCUUCUGGAGCAAGACACAUAGAGACCUUAAAUCUACGCUGUGUUAUUUCUAGAAGUAUUUCUCCAGCAAGGUUACACUUUUAUAAGCACAAUUAAGUGGGCUGACUUUAAACCUGACUUAUAGAAGAUGCAAGGCCACAAGGACAACAACUUCUCUCUCAGCUGCAGUGAAAGCAUGGAAUACUUAAAGCUCAGCAACCUCUCAAAUUUGGAAACAAGUUUAUGUCUGGGCCAGGAAUCGGAGCUUGGGCAUGAGAAGAACUGGGCAGCACUGUUGAUCAUGCUAAUUGUGGUCGUCACCAUUACGGGAAACAUCCUUGUUAUCAUGGCUGUAACACUGGAGCGUAAAUUGCAGAAUGCCACUAAUUACUUCCUCAUGUCACUGGCUAUAGCUGACAUGCUAUUGGGCAUCCUUGUCAUGCCCAUCUCCAUGGUGACCAUCUUGUAUGGUUACUCUUGGCCUCUUCCUGCCAUCCUGUGCCCACUGUGGAUCUACCUUGAUGUACUGCUUUCCACAACAUCCAUCAUGCAUCUGUGUGCCAUCUCGGUAGAUCGAUAUAUUGCUAUCCGCAAUCCAUUAGCUCACAGCCGUGCCAAAUCUGCUUGGCGUGCCCGUGCAAAGAUUACCGCUGUCUGGACCAUCUCUGCCAGUAUCUCGAUGCCAAUCCCAGUCCUAGGCCUUCAUGACCACACAAAAGUGUUCAAAGAAGGAAGCUGUUUCCUGACAGAUAGCUCAUUUGUGCUCAUUGGCUCCUUCAUGGCCUUCUUCAUGCCAUUGACGAUCAUGGUGGUAACAUACUUCCUGACUAUCAGCGCCCUUCAGAGCGAAGCAACACUUUGUUUGGAUCGGUUGGUGCCACGCCCGAGGUGGAGUGGUAGUUUAGCAUUGGGCUUCCUCCCUUAUGAGAAGAAGCUUUUCCUGCGCCGCUCAUUGACCCUCAGCAAUGAACAGAAGGCAACCAAAGUCCUGGGAAUUGUGUUUAUCCUUUUUGUCGUCAUGUGGUGCCCAUUUUUUGUUACAAAUGUAUUGGUGGCCGUGUGUGACUCCACCAUCUGCCACAAUGACAUAAUCAGUGGACUUCAUAAUGUUUUUGUGUGGGUUGGAUACCUUUCAUCAGCUGUCAAUCCACUGGUCUACACUCUAUUCAAUAAAACGUAUCGUUCUGCCUUUGCUAGAUUUGUAAAAUGCCAGUAUAGAGAGGAGAGGAAACCACUGAGGCUCAUUCUAGUCAACACUAUCCCUCCAUUAGCGUACCAGUCAGCAAUAGCUGAGGCUUUGGGAGAUUUCUCUUCACCACUUAAAAGGCAAAAACUAGAAUAUUGUAAAAGAAUCACUGAGGAAAGUGUUAGUUGUGUCUGAACAUAGUGUAUGAGCUGAAAGUUUGGUGGUUAUGCUGAUGCUUUAGAGUUUUUUGCAAUGUCAACUUUCUAAAAAUGUGGAAGCCAGGUAACUGAAAAAUGUUUUCUAUUCAUCUUGGUCUAUGUCUGAGGAUGAAAUCCCAAUAUGGUCUGCUCUGUUGCAUCGAAAGAGCUAAAAACAGAUGUAUUCAUGGAGAAUUAUGUGGAGUCAUUAUAUUUGAAAAGAAUGAUGUAUGAACAAACCAGCCUUGUGGAAAAACUUCAAAUUGAUUUCAAGUUCACAGAACCGUAAAUGCUGUGUAAAAAUUUUAGGUUCUUAGAAAAAGUCCUUUCAAAAAGAUCACGUCUAUAGAAAGAACUUAAUAGUGUGGAAGUGAUUGGAUAUAAUUAUUUUAUAUUAAAAAAAAAAAAAGAAAGAAAGAAAAGGUUCCAGUCUGGUCAAACAUCCUCUCUAACUCAGCCUGCUUAGUAAAUGCAGUUUCUGACAAGCAUUUUACCUCCUGUCUUAUGGUUUGUUUUACAGGUAUGUAAAUGUACCACAAAUACACAGUAUAUUAUAAUAUUCUUUUCUAACAUACCAUAGAAACUUACAAAAUGAUUUCCAUGUUAUUCUUAAUAAAGAGUCCCAAAGAAUACUUUCCAUAUAUGACUCCUAAAACUGCUUCCUUGCUUAAAGAUCAUGUUAUUGUGUUAUUAUGUCAUAAAGUUAUACUUGUGAUUGCUUUGUUAUUUAUUGAUAGGUUAAAUCAUUAAAAUGUCAAACUCACCUAUAGAGAUCUGAUAAAAGAAGCAAUAGUACUACCUGUUGCACAUAUACAAGUAGGUUUACACCUGAUUUUAUAGAGCAGCCUUCAUAAUUUCACUUUAUUGUGUUUGGGUUUUAGACACAUUCUCCCAGUUUAAGUGCAGAUUAAAAACAUAUCUUUUUAGCAAGGCCUACACUUAACACACAUCACAUAUCAGAACCUUGUGCACCAGCACAUCUGAUCUCAUGCACAUUAUCAACUUGUUAAUAUCAUGAACAGCAGCUAUGCUAACUUCUCUCCACUGCUUCUCUUUCUCUACUC